AUGGAGCGCGGCGGUACCGCAAUGUCGCUGUUGCUGCUGCUCGUGCUCGCCGUGUCGCCAUGGCAGGCCGGGGCGGCGGGAGGCGGCCGGGGCAGGCCGCGGGUGCCGGCCAUCCUGGUGUUUGGCGACUCCAUCGUCGACACGGGCAACAACAACGCCGUCCUUACGCUCACCAAGUCCAACUUCAGGCCAUACGGCGAGGACCUCAACGGCGGCGUCCCCACCGGCCGCUUCUCCAACGGCCGGGUUCCAACGGACUUCGUAGCUUCACGGCUUGGCUUGAAAGACCUGGUUCCGGCGUAUCUUGGCACUGACCUCACCGACGACGACCUCUGCACUGGCGUCAGCUUCGCUUCUGAAGGCACCGGCUACGACCCCCUCACCUCCACUCUCGUGGCGGUCCUGCCGAUGCAGGAGGAGCUCAACAUGUUUGCCGAGUACAAGGAGAAGCUCGCAGGGGUCGUCGGAGAUGAGGCCGGCGCGGGGAUCGUUGCCGACAGCCUGUUCCUUGUCUGCGCCGGGACAGACGACAUCGCCAACAACUACCACCUCGCCCCUGUCAGACCUCUGCAGUACGACAUCUCGGCAUACGUGGAUUUCCUUGUUCAGCAGGCUUGCGACUUCAUGAGGGUGAAAUCUUCUUUCCCGCUCGCAACGCAACCUCAUUCAAUUCAACACCAGACAAUGUUGGAGUUAUUGAAAUUUUCACCAAUUCCCAUUCCAUGA